UCGCGUGUAGUUGUGGGCGAGCUGCUGUUGCGGUAAAUUUCGGCAACAAUUUUGCGUUUUAAUUAAACAACAAGAAUCAAUUAAUUGAGCAGAACCGAAAAUCAAUCAAAGUAGUGCGCGUUGAAAUCGCCUUUUCCUUUGCCAUAGCCUGCUGUGUCCAUUUUUGUUUCUGUGCGGUAACUUUUUCGAGCGAAGCUUUCCGGCCAACAAAAAGGAGUAACCGAAAUAUAACGAAAUAAAUAAAGGAAGAAGGCAGAAGGAGCUGAGAACCUCAAACAUGGGCAACAUUCACACGACCGGUCCCAAUGAGGCGUUAAUUGUUUCAGGUGGCUGCUGUGGCUCCACAAAGAAGCGAACCAUUGUGGGUGGAUGGGCGUGGGCCUGGUGGCUGGUGACGGACGUCCAACGGCUGUCCUUGAACGUGAUGACCCUAAACCCCAUGUGCGAGAACGUGGAGACCGCCCAGGGUGUGCCGCUGACGGUGACCGGAGUGGCCCAGUGCAAGAUCAUGAAGUCAUCUUCGUAUAAGCAUAACGAUUAUAAUAACGACGAGGCCGACGAGCUCCUAGGCACUGCAUCCGAGCAAUUCCUGGGCAAGAGCGUCAAGGAGAUCAAGCAGACGAUCCUGCAGACCCUCGAGGGCCACCUUCGCGCCAUAUUGGGAACGCUUACAGUCGAAGAGGUGUACAAGGACCGCGACCAAUUCGCGGCCUUGGUCCGCGAAGUCGCCGCACCUGACGUGGGUCGCAUGGGCAUCGAGAUUCUCUCGUUCACUAUCAAGGAUGUCUAUGAUGAUGUCCAGUACUUGGCCUCGCUGGGCAAGGCUCAGACCGCUGUGGUCAAGCGCGAUGCCGAUGCCGGCGUGGCCGAGGCCAACAGGGAUGCCGGCAUAAGGGAGGCCGAGUGCGAGAAGAGCGCCAUGGAUGUUAAAUACUCGACGGACACCAAAAUCGAGGAUAAUACACGCAUGUACAAGCUGCAGAAGGCCAAUUUCGAUCAGGAGAUCAACACGGCCAAGGCCGAGUCGCAGUUGGCCUACGAAUUGCAGGCGGCCAAGAUCCGUCAGCGGAUACGUAACGAGGAGAUCCAAAUCGAGGUCGUGGAGCGGCGCAAGCAGAUCGAGAUUGAGUCGCAGGAGGUGCAGCGAAAGGACAAGGAGCUCACUGGCACCGUUAAGCUGCCCGCCGAGGCGGAGGCCUUCCGCUUGCAGACCCUGGCCCAGGCCAAGCAAUGCCAGACCAUCGAGAGUGCCCGUGCCGAGGCAGAGCGCAUCCGUAAGAUUGGCUCCGCGGAGGCCCAUGCUAUCGAGCUGGUGGGCAAGGCGGAGGCCGAAAGGAUGCGGAUGAAGGCGCAUGUGUACAAGCAGUACGGCGAUGCAGCCAUCAUGAACAUAGUCCUCGAAUCGCUGCCCAAGAUUGCCGCCGAGGUGGCUGCCCCGCUGGCCAAGACGGAGGAGAUUGUCCUGAUUGGCGGCAACGAUAAUGUGACCAACGAUGUGACCCGCCUGGUGGCCCAGCUGCCGCCAUCGAUCAACGCUCUGACCGGAGUGGAUCUGUCCAAGGUGCUCUCCAAGAUUCCUGGCGCCAAGGCGUGAAAUCUAAUGGAGUGGGAUGAUAUCCAGCACAUGGCAAUGACAACGUAACGCAGCGCAAAGGAAUUCUAAACCGGAAACAGGAAAUACACAGUUUGAGAGCAGGAGGAGGAGGCAAGAAGAGAGAGAGAGAGAGAGAGAGAGGGGGAGUGGGAGCAGGCAUUUGUUAGAGCGAGACAGCAGCAGCAGCAAAGAUCGAUAAUCGAAACUAUAGAAAAGAUCGACAAAUCGAUGUUUGAAUUGCAAUCGAACGUAGCAAAAUGUACUCCGAUAUUAUAUAUUUAUAUAUAUAUAUUGUAUAUGUAUAUGCAUGCAUAUACACACACGCGUGUGUGCUGCUGUGUGUGUGUGUGUGUGUGUUUAAUGUUUUGCCCGCGUAACAAUCAAAAAACAAACAAAGCUAAAAAAAAAACAUAAAGCAAAACUUGGACACACGCGAAAUACCAACGUUAAUCUCAGCUAAAGUUUAUACAUUUUGUGGCCUUUUUCUCUCGAAAACGAAACCGAUAACAAAUAGCAACCGAUAACCGAUAAGAAGAAAGUAAUCAACGUGAAAUUUGUAUAACUUUAAAGCGAAACCAUUUAAGCAGAGAGUGUUAGCUAUUUAUUUACCAAACUAUUAUAAACUAUAUACUAUAUAUACAUAUAUACCUUGUACAUCAACAGAAAAGAGGAGUUUUUCAACAACAGUGUUGUUUCAACUCGUUAUCCCCCUCUUUCUCUCUCUCUCUUUGGCUUUUUUCUGGAAUUUUCAACUGUCCAAACUACAACUACUGCCUCUGUCACAAAACUAAAGCCAAAUCCAUUUGCAAAUUAGGAGCCAAAGAAAAAGGAAGAGAGAGAAGGAGAAAACGAGACAGGAAGCACCGAUAGGCUAUCCCCUUAAGGCUUUUUAACCAACAAUCGAUAACGAAAUGUGCAAUAUUUAAGUCGCUUUUGAGAGUUUAAUUUGCAAAUCCCAAGUUGGGUGCCUCAAAGUAAUUAAUUAUUCAGUUUUAAUGAUGCCUAUAAAAGGCAUAGCUGAAAUAAAAGCUAUAUUGUCAUUUCUUUUUGGCUGUUUCACAACAUUUUGUAGUACAAUUCAAUAUGUAUUCUCAUUCAGCAAAUCGUGCCAUAUAUUAUUUUUAAAUUGUUUUCAUUUGUCCCAGAAAUUUAUUUGCUGUUUGUAUAUUGUUUUUUUUUUCUUUUUUUUUUUUUUUUUGUCAAAUAAUUUAUAAAAAAAAUGUGAGAUAGGCCAAAUUUUCUCAUAGUUAACCCCAUCGAUUCAUUGGUAAAGGAAAAGUUUUGUGGGAUAGCUGGAACCUGACACGUUGCAACACUGUUUCUUCUAAGGUUAGCGCUCUUCCAAAAAUGAAACCCAAAACACACACACCCACGCACACUAUACACACACACAUGCAGAUUCCUGGAUUCAGUUUUCUGCAAAAAAAAAAAAAAAAAAAAAAAAAAAGAGGAGAGAAAUCAAUUCAAAGUUAUGACUUUAUAAACAUUUGUUUGUUAUUUGACUCGGCGAGGUCCUAUGUAACCGUACAUAUAUAAACAUAUAUAUAUGAAUCUGUCUCGCUUUAUAAUAUAUAUUUUUGUCACUUUUAUUUUUGAUAUACCACGAAUAUAUGUAUGCAUUUAACAAUUUGUUGUACUUUACUCUUACACUGUUUAGUUCAUAGCAAAAAGCCAAUGAAAAAAUGUAAAAAAAAACACACAAAAAAAAAGAAGAAGGAAGAAUGAAAUCAAUUUUGUUAUUUAUAUUUAACAUUUAACUGGAAUUUAGUUAAAGCAAUUUUUGUCGCGUCUUUGAUUCCAGUUUCCUUCUUUUUUUCAUUUCGCUAGAGUAAUUAACACACUAAUUUGUGUUUAAGCACUAUUCCUUACCCGAAUAAAUUAAACAAACCACGAUCGAGCGAGCACACACACACACAUCCACAUAAAUCUACAUACACACCACAUAUAUAUUUUUUUUUAUAUUGUAUAUUAAGUGCACGUAACUUUAAUUGUAAUCGCAGUGCGCAAGAGAAUCAUAACAGCAGCAGCAGCAAGAACAACAAACCGAAGAGGAACUAAGAGAAAAACUAAAAGCUAAAACCUAAAUAAAUCAAAUCUAAAAUUUUGUGUAUUUUGUCGUAAAUAAAUAAACUUGUAAUGAUUUAUAGUA